GCGACGCGUCGCGGUCGCAGAGGAAAACUUCGUUCGAAUUGUUGUUGCGGACUCUGCCGCAGAUUCCGCGCCCGAUUUCGAUACGCGUAUGUGGAUAUAGUGCACCGACUUGCCGAACUCUUUUGCAUAUUACAUCUGUCUACGUAUUACCAGUCUUUUAAAAACACCGCUGCGAAGGUGGAAAAGCCGUGGUAAAGCGGUGGAAAAGUGGGUGGCCACUCGAGCUUUGUGUGUUUUGUUAUUGCCGCACAAUGGCAACGCAUCGGUCGGCGUUGCGUCGCAAUAAACCUACUUGGAUGGCAUCGGCAGCGGUACUAGUUGGAUAUAUAAAAGCAUAAUUGCUGCCACCCAGCGGUUUAAUACGCAAGUGGAAGCUGAAGUGUCAACAAUUCGCCAAAUUCAACACAAAAAUUCAAUUUCUCCAAAACUAAUUACAUUUUUUAAAUUGCGUAUACUUAAUAUAUAUAUAAAACAUUGCUAAGAAAUGUUAACCAGUUGGUCUCAUAAAAUGGUUUCGAAUAAAUCAUAAAUACACAUACAAGACAACUAAAAAUAUUUUUGAGGAAAACGAAAACUUGUUUAAACGGCAAUUGUUCCCCGUAUCUGCAAUGAACGCCACCUCACCGAAGUCAUCGCUGGUCAAGUUGGGCCUGCAUACCAACAAACAAAAGACGCUGAAGGUUAUGGUCUUGGGCCAAAGUGGCGUGGGAAAGACGGCCAUGGUGGUGCGUUUUAUUACCCGGCGCUUCAUUGGCGAAUAUGAUCCUAAUCUGGAAAAGAUUUACACCUGCCAAACGACGCUGGACAAGGAGCAAAUUCAGUUUGACAUUCUGGAUGCCACCGGCCACCUGCAAGAACUAGAUGGCGUUAGUCUAGAAUCGAACAUUCGCUGGGCCGAUGCUUUUAUUCUCAUGUACUCCAUCACCGAUAAAUGUUCCUUUGAUGAGUGCAGUCGCUUAAAGUUCCUUAUUAAUUACAACAAACGAAGACGCAAGUUGGGCUCGGCUAGUAAAGACUACACUUUGGAUAUUCCUGUCAUAUUGGUGGGCAAUAAGACGGAUCAGACGGGGGAUAGAAUGGUUAGCUUAGAGGAGGGUCAGCGGAGAUUCAGGGAGUUAUCGUGCGCCUGUUUUCAUGAGAUUUCCGUCAGAGAAAGUGUGGAUCAGGUGCAAAAUGUUUUUCGCGAUGUGUUUCGCUUCUGGCGAGUCUUCAGCAAAUUCCCCAAGCUCAAGCGCUCCACGAGCGAUGUGGCCAACACGGAUGGAAUCCUCACUCCAGAUUCCGGAUCCUGUUCCUACUACGAUGCUUCCUCUUUGGGUGCUGGUCGUCGCUCCUUUUUGGUGAUUGGAAGCGCCUGUUUGGAGGAGAGCAGCGGUGACCACACGGAGUCCACGGAUGAGAUCGGCAGCAGUAGCUUGAGCAGCUCUCGCAGCGAUAUUGAUGCCCCAUUCCGGAGUCGAGCUUCGACUGAUGGAACCUUGUUGUCCCGACCACGAAGAUGGCGAUAUCCACCGCCUGGAUGCCUACUGCCACACACAAACCGAGUGGAGCGACGGAUGAGCAUUUCCACCAGGGGCAGCAACGCCAGUUAUUGAGAGGGGAACCAAGUCCACGGGGGUCAAAGGUCGAGGGUCGAGCUUAGCUAGUCAAAUUGUAGCGACAAAUGUAUAGCUAGAUGUUAUUGUCAUGAAAUGUGGCUUGUGUAUUUUUGGGAGAAAAAUAUAUGGUGUUUUGUUGUGAUUAAAAAUAAAAUUUUUUGAGAAAUUUCACACAAAUUAAGUUACAGGAUUUUCCA